AUGGAUUCCGAAGAGUCUGAAGGAUCUUACUCCUCGAUAAACGGUAGCCUCUGUGACAUGUGCUGGGACUGUAUAGUGUUCGACGACAGCGACGACAAGUUCUACGAGGGCACGAACAGUGACGAUGAGCCUACCCUGCGGCAUUCGGAAGCGCAGAGCGAUACAAUAUUCUUGAGACCCACUUUUUAUUGGAAAGACACACUACCCGACUUGCCCCUGAUGGCUGAAUCCGCUACUAAUGGAUGCCGUAUGUGUGGUUUUCUUCGGGAAGAGCUCCUACGACAGGAAAUAUGUCACGUUGGCGACAUUCGUAUCGGUGCGGGAUAUCUGUUUGGCGGGAAGGGAUAUGAGCUCGAGAUCAUCGACACAGAUCCUGGCUUGGCCUUCUGGAGAUGCGUUGUCUAUGCGGUCAAAAGAACGACCAACAAUCUUGACAAGCUACACCGAAUUGCAAAUCUUUAUUUUGACAUCGAGUCUAGCGACCGUAAGUUCUUCAACAAUUUUUGCUUUGACUGGACUCUGAACUCCACGUGA